AUGGAGGCGGCGUUAUCGGCCGUGAAGGGCCUGCUUCCCGAGGCAGUGAAGCAACAGCUGCAGCAGGCGAUUGAUGGUGGCCUAGUGCCACGGAGUGCAGCACAGCACGUCCCCCCCGAGCUCCUCACCCCCGAGGGCCUCGUGGUGGCGUUGUUUACUGCGUUCUUUGGCUUCAUCUUGUUGCUGCUGGUACUCGGACCGCGGGGAAAGAAGCGGGGCAGCACAGUUGUCCUUACGGGCCCACCCAACUCCGGCAAAACGACGCUGUUCUUCCAGCUGAAGGACGGGUCGCUCCACAACGGCGUGGUGGCCAGCAUGGGCGACAACGCCGCCACUGUUGCGCUGCGCCCGGCACGCGGCGCGCCAAAGACCGCGCAGCUGCUCGACGUCCCCGGCCACCACAGCGCCCGUCACCACCUGGAGGCUGUUCUUAAGGACGCAGCCGCGAUCGUCUUCCUGGUCGACGCUGUCGAGGUGACGCCGCACCGGACCGAGGCCGCAGACAUGCUUUACGAGGUGCUGACGCACUCCGCGGUGCACCGCUCGCGCACGCCGCUGCUGAUUGCCUGCAACAAGAUGGACCUGGAAAUGGAGGCCCACUCGGUGGACUUCAUCCGCAAGACCCUCGAGCGGCAGCUCGACGCGAUGCGCAAGACGCGCGCCGCGUCGAUCGGCAAGGACGCGGGCGGCGGCGGCGGCGCGGCGCUCGGGCCGGCGGAGCGGCCGUUCAGCUUUGCGGCGCUGCGCAGCAAGGUGGCGCUCGCGCCUGCGGCGGCCAAGACGGGCAGCCUCGAAGAGGUGGUGGCGUUCAUCGCGGCCAACGUGUAG